ACAUUAACUCAGGCUGGGCUGCAAUAGUUUUUCUUCUGUUUCCCCUCUGCAUUUCUCCUGCAGUUCAGGAACCCACACAAUGGGACAGAGCAGAACCAAAAUGCUGAGGGCCUUUCUCCUCACCAGCCUCUUGCAUUUCACCCUGAGCUACGACAAGGUCUUUCUUGAACAGAGACAAGCAUUCUCCUUGUUGAAGCGCACACGCCGAGCCAACAAGGGAUUACUGGAAGAGAUGCGGAGAGGCAACCUGGAGCGGGAGUGCCUAGAGGAAGCUUGCAGCUAUGAGGAGGCCCGUGAAGCCCUUGAGUCUGAUGUACAAACAGAUCUCUUCUGGACACAGUACACAGUUUGCAGCUCUCAAAGGAAGCCCAGAACAAUUCUGGAUGAGUGCUUAAAAGGUGACUGUGUCCGAGAUAUAGGGCAGAAUUACAGGGGAACUAUUUCUGUCACCAAGUCAGGAAUUGAAUGCCAAUACUGGUCCAGCAAAUUUCCUCACAGGCCAGAGUUCAAUGUGACAACCCAUCCACAGGCUAACCUUACUGAAAACUACUGUAGGAACCCAAACAGCAACCCCCUGGGGCCUUGGUGCUACACACGUGACCCAGUAGUGAGAGCAGAAGAGUGCGCGGUCCCCCUCUGUGGUGAGAACCGGACCACUGUUCCAUUUUCUCCAAGAACAAGCCCACCAAAGAAAAAACAGCAGCAGCAACCAUGUGUACCUGACAAGGGGCUGCAGUACACUGGGUCUCUCCCAGUCACCCGCUCUGGGGCCCGGUGCUUGCCGUGGGCCUCCGAAGCAACAAGACAGCUUAGCCAUAGAAGAGACUUCUUGCCCAAUGUAAAUUUGGUAGAGAAUUAUUGUCGCAAUCCGGAUGGUGAUGAUGAAGGUGUCUGGUGCUACGUGGCAAAUCCUAAUGUGACACAUGAAUAUUGUGACUUGGAUUACUGUGACACUGUUCUGAAUUAUGCAGAUGAUGUGGACGAAGAACAAAGAGCAGGUCGGACAACUGCUGUAGAACAUCAAGUCUUAUUUGACCCCAAGACCUUUGGUGAAGGUGAAGCAGAUUGUGGUGUCCGUCCCCUCUUUGAGAAAAAGAAGACUCCUGAUAACUCUGAGCACGAGUUAUUGGAAUCCUAUCUGGCAGGCCGAAUUGUGAAAGGUUCAGAUGCUGAUGCAGGCAGUGCUCCAUGGCAAGUGAUGCUAUUCAAGAAAAGCCCACAGGAGUUGGUCUGUGGUGCCAGUCUCAUAAGUGAUCGCUGGGUCCUCACGGCUGCUCAUUGUAUCUUCUAUCCACCCUGGGAUAAGAAUUUCACUACGGAUGAUCUCCUUGUACGGAUUGGCAAACACAACAGAAAGAAAUAUGAAAGGAACAUGGAAAAAAUUGUCAUGCUGGAUAAAAUCAUCAUCCAUCCCAAAUACAACUGGAAGGAGAAUUUGGACAGAGACAUCGCAUUGUUACACCUAAAGAAGCCAGUUGCUUUCAGUGACUAUAUACAGCCAGUAUGUUUGCCCACCAAGGAGAUAGUUCAAAGCCUGUUGCUAGCUGGAUACAAAGGGCGCGUGACUGGCUGGGGAAACCUAUUUGAGACAUGGACAACUAACCCUUCAGUUCUUCCCAAUGUGUUACAACAAGUGAACCUGCCCAUCGUGGGUCAGGAAACCUGUAAGGCCUCUACCAAAAUCAAAGUCACAGACAACAUGUUUUGUGCGGGGUACAGUCCUGAGGAUUCCAAGAGGGGAGAUGCCUGUGAGGGCGACAGUGGGGGUCCUUUUGUCAUGAAGCAUCCAACGCUUGAGCGAUGGUAUCAAGUGGGUAUUGUCUCAUGGGGAGAAGGCUGCGAUCGUGAUGGCAAAUAUGGAUUCUACACCCAUGUAUUCCGCUUGAGGAAAUGGUUGCAAAAGACUACAGAGAGACAUGGGCUUUAAAAGGAUACUAACUUCAGCACUGGCACCUUAGUUCAUAGAUAUUCUACAGAUUAACCAUUACAGUAACUAAAAGCUUAUAAAAGGAAAUGGUAACUGACCACAAACCCCAAUAAAAAUUCUGGACUAAG